AUGCCGCUCGUCGAUACGGAAAAUGCUUUUGAGGCCGAAGCUUCCCGGAGUGAGGCCCUCGCCACCAUUAGGUCCGAGCAGACCCGCCUACAGCGUGAAAUCUUCCUCGCCUAUGGCGCCGAACGACAGCUGCGAGCCAGCAAAAUCGUCUCUCGUCAACAGCAAGCGAGAGUAACAACAGUCGGUCAACUUCUCUAUAUUGAUUUACACCCAGUGAAACCAAAGGGUAUCAGCAAGGAAGGCAAAAACGACCGAGAAUAUGCCUUGAUAAUCACAGACGACGCAACCCGCUUUCGUGCUAUGAUAUGCAUUGCUAAGAAAAGCGAUUCGUCACCCACUUUACAGAAAUGGACGAAGCAGUUUAAAGACCGGACGGGUUACUAUCCUACGGAAUGGAGACUCAAUAAUGCGAAGGGUCCAUCGGUCCCAUACGCACACGAGCAAAACGGUGUUGCUGAGUAUAGCGGUCACUAUAUCAUGCAAAUUGCGAGAACGAUGCAUAUUGAUGCAAAGGCUCGCAGUCAAUACCGCUACCUACAUCAUAAAUCGACUGACUCGCUCAGGGGGAUCUACAACCCGAGGACGAAAAAGGUCUCGAUUCAUAGAGAUGUAGUCUUCUGGGAACCACGUUCUCCACAAACCUACGAUGGCACUUCCGAUAUUCAAAUCGGAGAAGAGAUAAUUGACGGACCACCACCAAAGAAGGUCGAAUUCUCAGUCGGAGAACCCCUUUUCAAAUCAAUUCGAAAGGCAGCAGAGAGCCUGGCGAAGAAGCCUGAUGACCAGCAGCAUGUUAGCCCAGGAGAAGAGCACUUUUCUGAAGCAGGUUCGAUUGAUACAGACGAGGCUGAACUGUUUUACAACACCCAAGAGGGGACCCUUGAGGAGAGACUCGAGGCAACGUAA